GUGAAGGAGGCACAGUGAAAAUGGGUCUCUACCAGUUUCUUUGUGGUCCAGCUGUGGUGAUGAUCAUCCUCUUCUCCGUGGGAUGUCAUUCACAGCAGCCAGUAUGUGGCCAGGCUCCAAAAAACACCAGAAUUGAGGGAGGUCAAAAUGCGUCUCCAGGAAGUUGGCCCUGGUUUGUCAGUUUAAACAAACCUGGCGGUCCCUUCUGUGGAGGGUCCCUAAUUAACGAUCAGUGGGUGCUGACCGCUGCUCACUGCGUACCAGGAAAUGAACUCUUUAACAUAACGGCUUAUCUGGGUCGCCUCACCCAGUCGGUUACCAACGUUAACGAAGUGUCAACGACUCUUGAAGAUAUCAUUUGCCAUCCUUCAUACAACCCCCAGACCUAUGAGAACGACAUCUGUCUCCUGAAGCUGUCGGCCCCGGUGAAUUUUACAGACUACAUACAACCGGUCUGCUUGGCCUCGGAAGGGAGCACGUUCCACUCCGGGGUCAGCAGCUGGGUCACUGGUUUUAGUAAUACUCAAGUUGAUUCCAGAGCCGACAUCCUCCAGGAAGUGAACGUACCAAUCGUUGGAAACAAUGAGUGUAAAUGCGCCUAUCCUUUCAUCACAGAUAACAUGAUCUGUGCUGGGUUCAGAGAGGGAGGGAAGGAUGCGUGUCAGGGAGACGCAGGGGCACCGCUGGUGACAAAAAACGGUUUUACGUGGAUCCAAAGUGGAAUUGUGAGUUUUGGCAAAGGCUGCGCCAGGCCUAUGACUCCUGGAGGCUACACCCGUGUGUCCCAGUACCAGGACUGGAUCACCAACAUCACUGGCAGCAAUGAACCAGGCUUUGUUACCUACAAAUCCUCAGGAGUGGACAGCGACCUAAAUAGCACUUGUUCUACUAAUACCACCAAAACCACCAUGACCCCCUGGGCCACUACCACCAUGACUCCCACUGUCACAAAACCAAAUAUGGGCAGUAUAUUUGACAGCGGUGAACAACUUAUCCGUUCCUCCCACUUCACCCCACUCUGUCUUCUAGUAAUUUCCCUCUUUGUGCUGGUUGGUGAACCAUAACACAUAACAUUGACCUUAUACUCUUCAUCUGCAUGAACAUCUCAAGGGUUUUACCUGGUGUUAUAUGUCUGUGUGAUACAUGAGAAAUACGUUGCAAGCUAUUACUUAAUGCAAAAUAAAAUUUGAUUUCAUUGAC